AAUAAAUUUUUUUUUAAUUUCUUUUUAAUCGCGUUUAGAAUCUGCUUCUCUCAAAAUUUAAUGUUUGUGUUUUUAUAUCUUUAACUUUUUAUAUGCAUGUAUAUAUCUUGGUUGCUUUUUGUUUCUUUUUUUUUUUUUUAUUAAAUCCAACUCAAAAUGAAGUCUUCAGUGUUCAAUACACUGACCUAUCAGAAUAUGGUAAAUUCAAAUAACAAGCUCAAGUUUUAUACAGUACAAAAAGAGUUGACAAGUCCAUCGAAUAUCCAUGAAUUGAUGGUAGCAUCGCCCACCAAUGCCGAUCUGCGUGGAUCAAAGUUUGUGAAGCCCUCCAAACGUCGCGGUCGCGGCGACCUGUCGUCUAGGCAGGUGCCUGAUUGGUCGCAGAUUCUGGAAGAGUAUAUGCCACGGCCCUACAAUCGUGGCAAACGUGCCAAUGUGGCAAUGCCCGUGGUAUUGCGCAAUAAGAGUCCGUUUACACGUUUGAAUCCCGAAAUUGUGCCACAGAAGCGCGUCAUGGAGACGUCCUAUUUGCGUUUCCUAUAUAGAACCUAUACGUUGCCACACAAUAAGAACACAGAUGUCCUGGAAAAAUUGCCCAGCGGCGAUUCGCACAUCAACAACUCGGAGGCUGACGAAGACGAAUAUCAGCAACAGGCGUCGCGCAAUACGGCAGGCUUUUAUUAUGAACUGAUGAGAGGAAUAACACGACUGGAUCUACAGACAUGCAUAAAUGGUUUCAUAACUUCCCUGCAACGUUUGGCCGCAAUCAUACUCAACAUGAUAUCUAGUGUACCGAUCAGCCGAAUUAACGAAUAUAUGUUAAGGACGUGCACAUUUAUGAGACGUGGUGUCGGUUUCGUGAGAGAACUUCUCAGCUACGAAGCAGAAUCUAGACGCUUGCAUCAAAUUGCAUACUAUAUAUUGGUCAUAACGAAUCGAUGCCAGAGAUGCCACUGUCAUUUAAGACAUAAUCCAACCAUUGCGGACGCAUUGCCACCAAACUCAGUUGCACCAUAUCGGACAAGGGAGCGUUCCCUGGUGGACCGCGAACGAAGCAUGCUUCUACUUGGUGUCGAUUAGAAAACCUUAUGCAAAAGCCCAAUAUAAGUAGUUAUUUCUUUGUCGACAAGUCGAUUAAAAUUUUAUGUUUAAUUUACCGAACAAGCCAAAUUGCUACCAAAUA